GCUGAGCGCCCCCGUGCCAUGCGCGGAGCUGCGAGCGGCUAGGCGCCAUUUCGGGAGCAGCCGCGGAGCCAUAGACGGGACCAGACCGGCACCGGGACCGACUCACGGCCGCGUCGCCCCUCGCCGCCCGCUCCCCGGGGCUGCCUGAGCGCCGCCGUUCAUUUAAGAUUCAGACGCCUGGAGAAAGUGCUCAAGCCCUCGGGCCCGUUCCCCACCGCCAGGGCAGUGACGCCGGAGCUGCCGCUGCCGGACCUCGGGGCCCUAGCGAGGAUCGCACUGCUCGCGGCGCAGGUGUCCUGAAAAAUGGCUGAUGAUAUUGAUAUUGAAGCAAUGCUUGAAGCUCCUUACAAGAAGACUUGCCUAACGAUAUCUCACCUCUACUCCCAUGAAUUCACCUUUGAUUCCAGUGUGAACUGUCAAUCAUAAGGAUGAGAACAAAUUGAGCAGUGCCAAUGGCCAUGAAGAACGCAGCAAGAAGAGAAAAAAGAGCAAGAGCCGAAGUCGAAGCCAUGACAGAAAGAGGAGCAGAAGUAAGGAACGCAAACGGAGCCGAGAUCGGGAACGGAAAAAGAGCAGAAGCCGGGAAAGGAAACGGAGCAGAAGCAAAGAGCGCAGACGCAGCCGGUCUAGGAGCAGAGAUCGCAGAUUCAGAGGCCGCUAUAGAAGUCCUUAUGUUGUACAGGGCCAUAUUUCCCUUGCUUUAACCUGGCCAGCGCAGUUUUGGAUCUUGGCCCACUACUUCCACCUGUGUCAUGACAUGCUUAAAAAAUGGGCAUCCUCCUCCUUGUGGUGGAUGCUGUGUUUAACUAUAAGCAUUACUGCUCCACUGAGGAGCAAGAAGACGUUUUUCAGACAAAUUGCGUGGCCAAAUGGAUUUAGUGAAAGACUGCUUAAUGUCUUCAGCCCACCGUGUCUUUCAGGGUGUUUUACAUCAAUUUGUAGGAGCAGCAAAAAGAAUCAGUUGUGUACAGAUGGAAAGCCAAAGCCCAGUGCACAGUGUUCAGUCUGUGCAGAGUGCCUCUGCGCUUGGUGGCGAUACAGGAAGAAUGUUAACAGUUCUGGUCCAAAAUUCAACAGUGCCAUCAGAGGGAAGAUUGGUCUGCCUCACAGCAUCAAAUUAAGCAGACGUCGCUCCAGAAGCAAAAGUCCUUUCAGGAAAGACAAAAGCCCUGUUAGAGAACCUAUUGAUAAUCUUACCCCUGAAGAGAGGGAUGCUCGAACAGUGUUCUGCAUGCAGUUGGCUGCAAGAAUUCGACCAAGAGACCUGGAAGAGUUUUUCUCUACAGUAGGGAAGGUUCGUGAUGUGCGAAUGAUUUCAGAUAGAAAUUCCAGACGUUCAAAGGGGAUUGCUUAUGUUGAAUUUGUUGAUGUUAGUUCAGUGCCCCUGGCAAUAGGACUGACUGGACAGAGAGUCCUGGGUGUACCUAUCAUAGUACAGGCAUCACAGGCAGAGAAAAACAGAGCAGCAGCAAUGGCAAAUAAUCUGCAGAAGGGCAGUGCUGGUCCUAUGAGGCUCUAUGUGGGAUCAUUACACUUCAAUAUAACUGAAGAUAUGCUUCGAGGAAUCUUCGAGCCAUUUGGCAGGAUUGAAAGUAUUCAGCUCAUGAUGGACAGUGAAACUGGACGCUCAAAAGGAUAUGGAUUUAUUACGUUCUCAGACUCUGAGUGUGCCAAAAAGGCCCUGGAACAACUCAAUGGAUUUGAGCUGGCUGGAAGGCCAAUGAAAGUUGGACAUGUUACUGAGCGUACUGAUGCUUCCAGUGCUAGCUCAUUUUUGGACAGUGAUGAGUUGGAACGGACUGGAAUUGAUUUGGGAACAACUGGUCGCCUUCAGUUGAUGGCAAGACUUGCAGAAGGUACUGGUUUGCAGAUUCCUCCAGCUGCACAGCAGGCUCUGCAGAUGAGCGGAUCUUUGGCCUUUGGAGCUGUGACAGAUUUACAAACGAGACUGUCCCAGCAGAAUGAAGUUCUGGCUGCAGCUGCUUCUGUACAACCACUUGCAACACAGUGCUUCCAGCUUUCCAACAUGUUUAAUCCUCAAACUGAAGAAGAAGCUGGCUGGGACACCGAAAUUAAAGAUGAUGUGAUUGAGGAAUGUAACAAACAUGGAGGAGUUAUCCACAUCUAUGUUGACAAAAACUCAGCUCAGGGCAAUGUGUAUGUGAAAUGUCCCUCCAUCGCUGCUGCCAUUGCAGCUGUCAAUGCUUUGCAUGGGAGGUGGUUUGCAGGUAAAAUGAUUACAGCAGCGUACGUACCUCUUCCAACAUACCACAGCCUUUUCCCAGACUCUAUGACUGCAACCCAACUACUGGUUCCUGUUCGACGAUGAAGAUUAAUUUAGUCAGUUUUGUACAUAGGUAUUUUUUGGAGGAAGAUUGAGUUAUCUUUUAUUUAGAUAAACCUAAAGGAAAGGAUUUAAUGUCAUUUUGUGUACACUUCCUGCUAUCUUUAAAAAUAAAAUGAAGUAAGCAGAAAUGCAGUGUGUUCAUUCUCCCUAACUAGCAUUUCCACUGUAUACAAAGCUGUUGACUUCUUGUUCUGCCUUGUAAUUCUUGUACAUUGACAAAGGUGAUCUGUAGGAACUGAGAAGUAGCUCAUAGAUAACAAGUACUCUGUAAAAGGCAGAUGGGACAUAAUGACAUUUUUUAAUGUUUCAUGAGCCUUUCUUUUAAUGCAGCCAAGACAUUUUACAUUUCACUAAAUGUGGGUGAUCUGCUCAAGGGUAGUAUCAGAGAGACUGGAUGAAGGGACAUAUUUAGUGUUUUUGUAUAAAUGGAAAAUCCAAAAAGCUACUGAAUGCUGACUGCAGACAGCUACUCAGCUUGCUUUGUGCUGAAAAAUUGUUAAGACUAGGAGGAUUGAAGGGUUUUAUUUCUUGAUGGUAACUUUUGAUUAUUGUAUCUGUAAAAGUUUCUUUGUAAAUACUGUGAGGUGUGUCUAAGUUUCCAAACAAAACAUCUCUGCAUUUCCAGAUUAGUUUCCACACACUCAGUGAGGCAGAGCUGGAGGAUUUCAGCCAAGUCUGAAAAUAGGUAGGAAAUACAGAAAAGUGUUUUGUUCUGGUUGCAUAUAAUCUUUGCUCUUUUUAAGCUCUGUGAGCUCUGAAAUAUAUUUUUGGGUUACUUCAGUGUGUUUGACAAGACAGCUUGAUAUUUCUAUCAAAGACUUUCAUAUUGCAACAAUCUUUGUAAGAACCACUCAAAUAAAAUUCUCUUAAAAAGGC